UUUUUAAAUAACUAAAAAAAACAUUUUUAAACAUAAAAAAACAUGUUUUAAACAGGCAAAAUAAUUUGGUAUCUCUGAGCAAACAACACGAAAUCUAAAAUCAUUAAGACGUCAAGACUACUUUUAAAAAUGUAUUUGAAUAAAGACUUCUUUUAGAUGACUAAAGACGUCUUAUGAUCCAAUUAGACUUCAUAUUAUCUGAUGCUGUUACCGCAAACUUCCUUUGCAUCGGUUUUAAUUCAACAUUACUGUUGCCAUAUCUUGAUAGUAUAAAAACGGAAACAGUGCAAAACGUUUCUACACAAAUUUAAUGUUGUAUUACUUCAUUAUUAAGCCGUGCAGUAUGAAAUGCGGUCUCCGCAUACACGAGUGUGAUUCGUACAUACGUGUUUUUGUGUUCGCGUACAUUUGUAAACGUCUUAUUAAACAAAACUGUUUCAUUAGAUUCAAAUUGGCAAUAAAAUUUUUUAAAUUAAAAAGUUACUAAACUGAAUCUAUACUAAUUAAUUAUAUACAAUAAUUACGUAUGAUCUGUUUUGUAAUCCAUCUAUUUUUAUUUUAAUAAUCAUUAAUUUUACAAAUAUUUCAAACUUUGACAAAGAAAAAAAUAAAAAUGGACGUAUUAAUAUUUUUUAUCUUUGUAAGUCAAGUAUUACUUAUUUUCGGAAAAGUAAUUUUAAUGGAGAAUUCAUUAUAUUUAAAUAAUGAGAUGAAACUUAUAUGUGUCUCUGAAAAUGAUGGCAGUGCGCUUGUAUGGAAUCAUGAACUGCGGAAUAGCGAAUAUGAUUAUAACGAGAUUAAUGGAGUUAAAAAAAGUGAGAUAAUGUGUGAGAUGAAUGCAAAUGAAGGUUGCUUGGAGUUAUGGUUUAAACAAGACUGGAAAAUUACAAAUUCCAAAUUAACAUUUAUGGGUCCAGUAUUUGAUCAACGAUGGGAAGAAUUUCAAAAACAGGACUUGCAUUCCAAUUGCACUGACAUUCGUGAAUUACCUAAGCCUAAGUUUAACAAAAUAAUGUUUCCUUUUUCGAUUCGUGAGCUGCACGGCAAUACUUCUAUGUUAUUUUGCAAAAGAUUGGAUUUUUAUACUUGCUAUCGGAUCACAUUAAAUAUUGAAGACUAUACACAAUCUAAAAUUCAAAAAUGUGUAAUACAAUACUCCGGAAUCAAUAAAUCUAAGGAUUAUCCUGAGAAAGAUUCAAACUGUUUUAAUCCAGAAUCAGACAAUUACUUAGACAUCAUACAUGGCGAAUAUAAAUGGCAAACGUUUGUUAUUACAUGGAACGUGGUCAUGGGAAAAGUAAUUCUUUUUGAUACUGAUAAAAUUAUUUUGACAUAUACAGACGAGGAAAGGCAUUUACAAUCAGACAAUAAUUAUUAUUUGAUUACUCAUGGAAUGAGAUUGCGAUUUCAUAUAUAUGACUUUUUGCAUACAACUGUUGAGAAUGCAACUUUAAUAAGUCCAGUUUUUCAAGUUUAUGAUGAAGUGAUAUGUGUACAACUAUUAGUUGGCCUUUGCAUUGAAUGCGAUGCACAAAUAAUGUUGCGUGAUUCCACGAACGAUGCAGUAUUAGCAAUGGAAAUAGUAAAAGGCUCAACAAGAAAAACGGAUCAUGGAUUACCUAUGUGGCAAUCUGUCAUUAUCAAGAAUAAUUCGAUCAACUAUAGUAAUUAUAGGGUGAUCAUCCAAUUAAUUCCUAAACUCAGUAAUCGUAACUUCAAUCCGCUAUGGGCGAUAGCAAAUGUUCGCCAGUGUCCUCUAAAUGAAACUUUGAGGAAAAAUCUUCUAAGUAUUAAAAAUCGUUCAACUACAAACAAUUACGAACUUCUCAAGCUAAACAUAACGUGUCAAAAAUUAUUUUAUAAUGAACAUGCUGUUGUGAAUACUAUGUCAAGCGACAAAUCAAAUGUAAAUCUUGAUGCGUCAAACUGUCCUCUAGGAAGAAUGGGACCAAAGUGUUUAGUUUCCUGUGAAAAUGAUCUGAGUAAUAACUUUAAUUGCAGAGGAAUUCGAAUUUGUUACGAAGAUGGUUGUACAUGUGUAGCAGGUUUUUCAGGAAAAUCGUGUUGGGAAUCUUGUAAUUCAAAUACAUACAGUUAUAAUUGCAAGAAAACAUGUGGCUCAUGUCUGUAUAACGAAACAUUAACUGGCAAUCGGUGUGAUAUAAGAACUGGGAAUUGCCAUAACGGAUGUAAUAAUACUAAUACAGAAUUUUACAUUCCACCUUUAUGUCAAACAAGUAUCGAGAAGCCAAAUGCACCUACACUCAUCUCAAUAAACGAAACAACUAUUUGGGCCAACGUUUCUGUAACAUGGAAAGGCGAAUACGAAGAAAUAUCGAUUCUUUACUCUUUUGUCAUUCAAGUAACUCACAUACACACACACAUUUAAAAUAUAAUGUUUAUAAUAUUAUUUAAAGUUAUAAUAAGAAUUAUUGUUAUUAUUUAUUUAAAGUCGAAAUUAAUUAGAUAAAGAAAAGUUAAGACAGAUUAAAAAUCGAAAUUGAUUAAAAUGUAAAACAAAAAAUAAUUUAGGAAUUUAGGACUGACAAAAAUGUCAAAUAUAACAUUGUCAAGCCUGUGCCAGUCACAGCGAUUCUUUAUAUUCGUAUUCAUAAAGUUGCGUUUAGCGAAAAAAGCAACUUUGCUACUAUUAUAAAAUUCAUUAAUAUGAUUGGUUUUUGCCCUUAGUUCUUACCGGCUUUGAAAGUAUAAACUAAUCAUGUUAAAAAAUUUUACAGCAAUCACAAAGCUGCUUUUCCUGCUUAUUGCAACCAUAGUCUUUCGUUGAAAAACAAGGGUUUCUUGUCUCUGUUCAGGCCCGAAUUGUGCAGAUGAAAGCUUAUCGAGAAAAGCUCGAUAGGCUUUAAAUAAGGAUGCUUGGGACGAUAUAAGCUUAAGAACGAUCAGUCAUUUGCAGGUCGGCGAAAAGCACAAAUGGGAAUCGGAUAUGUUUGGCCACAAACUUGGCAAAAUUCUACAUUUUUUAGAAAAAGUUUGGGUCAGUGCUAGAAACCGAUAUUUUCCGGCAAAAACUAAUCUUCUUUUUUAUGAGAAACGAUAGAGUAGAAAAUCGAUAUUUUUAAAAAUAUUUUUCAUUUAUGUUAAUUUUUUUACUUUUCAGUUUUACUGCAUUACUAAGAAUACAGUA